GCAUCAAAAAUUACAGAGUGAGUUUCUCUUUAGUAGUCAUUAUUAUUUCCAAAUGUGUAUAUUGUAUAGGCCUAAAUCAAGUCUAGAUCUUUGUGUGUUUUUUUUAACAUGUAGACGAAUUCGCCCCCUCAGUUUUUUUUGUUGUAAAAGUUUAUUUUUAUCAUUUGCGUGUGAGUAACAACAGUGCGAGAAAUGUGAGCAUAGCUUAAGUGAGAGUAUGUUUACAUGGAUGCAGCACUCAUUAUUUCAUGUGGGUUGUCGGAUGAAGGCCCUCCCACAUACACGGACACAGAUCGCGCGACUCGCACAUCACUUCGUGUGCUAAGGUGGUGUUGUGUGUGAUUUCGGUGUUCAAUAAUUUUGUGAUUUUGUCGGAACAGCGAUUACGUUCCUGGGCAGAGACUCAUCCCUGUGGCAUUUCUGUCGACAAGAAAUAGAACCCAAGAUCAUGGGGGCGGCCCAAAGCAAAAAGAAACGCAGAGAACGAAAGAGGAAGAAAAGAUUGCAGAUGGCGUCACCAAAUUUCGAUAUGCCCAGAAGUGCCAGUGUAGACUUCAUUCGCACACACAGCCUCGCUUUGACAUCGUGUCCACACUGCCAAGGUCUGAACAGCAGCACUGUCGGCCGAUUGGCUGUCUUGGGAUUGCUUCAUGGCUCACACAAAUGCACCUGCAGACACAGGCACUACGCGGACGACGAAGCAGAUGGCUAUCAAUCUUGCCCCAGCUACUCGAAUUCAAACUGCUGUCUGUCGAUCGGGAGCGCAGGCCAUUCCGGCGUGGCAUCAACAAGCGGGCGUUUGGACAUGGACAGAAGCACUAUGUCCUUGAACAGAAACUUAAAAGUCCGAAGCACACAAAUUGUGCAGUCCAAAAGCUCAGAGUUCUCAGAACUGUUUGAAAUACUGCAACGAUACGAGGACAGGAAAAGAGAGUUGGCGUCGAUUAUAACCCCACCCCCAUCUCUUUCACAUCGAGAGGAGAGCUCUACAAACCUAAGCAAGCUAGCGCCACCUACAGUCACACUUAACGAUGACUCACCUAAUCCAUCCGGCUCAUUGCCUUCGAUGGCAGCUUCCACGAAGACUACGCCCAAAAAAUGCAUUACUUUAUUAGAAGAUGAUGAAUCCAGGCAAGCGAGGUGGCAGAAACAAAAACAGAUGGCCCAACAGCUGCGGAAUCUUCGGAGGCACAUUCAACUCCAAGAAGCUUCCCACCAGAAACUCCCCAUCCCCUUUUUAUGUGACUCUUCAGACGAACGACCCCAAAGCUUCGGUCCCAUCGACUCUUCCGAUUCUGAGACGUCAACCCAAAAGACGGUUGAACACACUCACCGCUCAAGAAAUAAGUUUUCAAAGAUGAGCAACUACAAGUACUUAGACAAUCAUCCUGUUUUGUCAAGGCUUCAGAACGAACAGAACAAUCGUCUGGAGAGUAUGGAGAGGCGAAUGAAAGAGAUACGCCUGAGCGCCAUGCAAGAGGCAGAACGCAGAAAGUUUGCCGAGAUUUUCCCUGCCAAACAGGACAGUUCUCAGACCGAAAGAAUGAUGCAAGAAGCGAAAGAUAUGUUAGAGAAAAUCAAAGAGGAGAAGAAAAAGAAAAGGGAAGCGACUAAGAACAACCAAACUCAGACCAACCAAAGCAUUAGCAUAGCAGACGAUGACUCUAGAACUGUGCUAGACCCAGGGGAGGUCAUCCCUGUACACAUUGUUGGAGACAGUACAAGCAGUCCUGUCAUUAACGCCAUCAAUGUUGUUGAACAGCCAAUUGCAAUAAAAACCGAGUGUAAGGAAGAAAGACAGAAAACAGAGAAGAAGGAAAGAGAUUGGCUGAAUAAAGCUUGGCCAAAUGUUAACUUAGAUCACCCUUUAACCUGGCUUGUGCUGCCAUUUUUGCUCUUCCCUUUGAUCCUCCGAAUGAUACUAAGCCUCAUAGUCAACUCCGGCCUUGCCAGUGAACAGACUGCAGAGAGCAGAAAUGCUGGCCACAGAGAAACAAAGCCUAAGAGAUGAACCACUGCAUUCACAUGCUCUGUGUAACAUUGUAUCGCUGAAAUGCUUUGUAGAAAAUAGAACCUUAUAUCCAUUAUACUGAUGACAUUCUUUGAAACAGUGUAUUGCUGAACUGCUUUGUACAGUUUUGUAGAGUAUAUAAUUACGUCUGUUUACAUUGUAAUUAUUAUAAAGACUGCCGCAAAUCAUGGCAGUGAUUUUCAUCAUUGCACUGAGACUAAUAUUUUAUUCUUCACUCAUCCCUGUGGUGCUACAGCGUUGCUACAAUUAAAAUGGAUUGAAAAUGUGAAACUAGAAUCUACUUACAAGUUCAACAUAAAGAUUGUAUAUCUGCAUAUUUGCCUAAGUCAUUUUUUUCCCCAACUACAAAAACUUAUUAAGUAAACCUAAAUGACUCAACAUAUAAUUUAGGAUUUUGUAAACAUUUCAACUGUUAAUAACCCCUACCCACUCCAAAAAAAUGACUUAGAUAAUUGUGAAAUGACUGUAGGACAAAUGAGAAUUGUAUGCUAUAAUUUUGAACUGACUAAGUGACAAAUCAGACUUGUAUGCUGUAUUUUUGAAAUGACUAACUGACAAAUCAGACUUGUAUGCUGUAUUUUUAAAUUUUAUCUUUUGUAUCCUUAUAUCCCGGUGAACUAAAAGCAAUAAUUAAUCGUCUGUGUGUAUAAUCAAUUCAUGAACUUUUGACCCUAGCUCUUAUCUUUUCAUUCCAAAAAAAAAGUAUUUACUUUUAAUCUGGGGAUUUUUAUAAAAAGAUGGGUUGAAAGCUGUGUACUACAAAACAGCCAACAUUUUGCAGAUUGUCCAAGAAAGAAAAUAUUUAAUUUUUGAGGAAUAUAUGUAACUUGUUAAGUUCAUAUUGCCGCUGAAAUUUUAGUUUGUGUUCUGUGACUGUCACUGAUGUGAACAUUGAAAGUGUCAACAACCCUGUCCAUUUAAUAAGUUUUAUUCUUGUGUGUGUUAGAAAAAAAUAUAUUUACAUUAUCUUUAAAACAAACAUAUUUACUGUGUUUAGAAAAUAUUAUGUUUACAGUACCAGGUAAAUCUGACUUUUGUACUUUUACAUCAGCAUUAUAAUUUUCAAGGAAUACCUGUUUGUAAUAAGGUAUCCCUUUCAAACCUUGUGAUUUAUGUGGGAAGAUUAUGUAAAGCUAAUCUGUUUCUAUGGUCCACAGUUAAAAAGGGUGUCAUGUUGCGAGCACAAUGACCAACUGCAGUUAUGUCACGUGCCUGUUGGGUGGGCUCAGGGCAUCCUAAAAAUCCUGAAUUCUUCACUGGGAUUUCAACUUGAGACCUCACAGUACAAAAGCCAACUGCUUAACCACUCAGCCAUUGUUUGCAAUAUUUAUUUGUAAAAUUUUUAUUUAGAAAUAAAAUGUGAAUUUCUUAUUCUUUCAAGCCAACAAACUUUAGGUCUCUUCAUGUUCUUCUGCUUUCAUAAUAACUAAAUUAAGAACUGUUAUAAGUUGAGAAUAACAACUUUUUUGUAUGUGCUGGAUACCUAGCUGAGAGAUCUCAAAUUAACUCCUCUGGAUUCCUAGCUGAGAGAUCUCAAAUUAACUCCUCUGGAUACCUAGCUGAGAGAUCUCAAGGUUAACUCCUAUGAAUACAUAGUUGAGGGAUCUCAAGGUUAACUCCUGAUCAAGACUAGGAAUUAUUAAUUUGAAAUUUAAUUUGGGUUAAGUUGUGUUUACUGAGUGCCUAAAGGCAGCACAGAAACCUUCUCCCAGCCACAAGUCCAGACUGAAGCUUUACUUAAGCAAGAACAAUAAUAAUAAAAUACUUAAAUAAAAUUUUUUGUUUACAAUAUCUAAUACUCAUUUUAAUAUAGCACUUACUAUUAUGUGAUAAAAAUUCUAGUCAUUUACCAUAAUAAAUAUGCAUCUAAAGCCUUUUUAAUGCUUAAAAUUAUAUAAUAUAAUGUAAGAGUACCUAUAUAUUUAUUUAUGCACUUAUGCAUAAAUUUUGCUAAAAUAAAUUUUGUUUGAAGUUUUUAAAAAUAAUUUUAACCUAAAGAGUUGCUUUAGAAUUAUUUAUGGUCAUAAAUGACAAAGGCUACCAACAUUGUUUGGGACAUUUUGAGAUAUUAGUAUUAGAGUAGGUAAAGAGAGCUUUAAAAGAUUUUUAUUUUAUUGUUAAAGUAUUUUGAUUUUUAAUAAUGAUGUUUUCAUUACUAUUUUGAUAAAAUGGAAAACAAACUUGAGAAAAUAAUAUUUAUUGCUGAAAAAUUAUUUUUUUUAAAUUUAAUUUAAACAUUAUAUUUCAUACAUAACAAAAGUUUUUUUUGAAACCCUUAAAGUGAAAAAAAUGAUAUUUUUCCCUAAUUUAUUUAUUUUUUUUUUUUUUUACUUUUGUCAACAUCCAAUAUGUGACUUUGGUUAUCUAAGAGUCAAAUAUUUGACCAGUGAUUGAAUAUAUAUCCAAGUGCCAAUAACUAUGUUGUCUGCAGAAUUCUUGAUCGUCUAAAGAUAGAAAAACUGAAAGAUUUUUUUCACAAGUUAUAUAAAGACAACUGUCAUUUUUUUGGUUCAAUUUACACAGAUCCUUUUUAUUUCUUAUCUUAUUUUCUACUUUUUAAUUCUUAUCUUAUUUUCUACUUUCAAAUGAAAUGGGUUGCAUUUAAAAAUAAGGACAAUAUAAGACACAAAUUAUGGAUUUUUAUGAAAUUAAUUGUAAAUCACAUUAGAAAUUUAACUUAACAAUCAUUUUAAUUAAUAUUAAUAAUAUAAUAGUCUACUGUUUUUGAUUCACACAUUUUGGAAUGAACAUUUUUUUUAAACUUAUUUUGUUAGUUUAAAAAAUGAAAUUAACUGAUUUAUGUUUUAAAUUUUGUAAUACUGAAGUCGAUGGUUUUUAAAUCUCAAUAUUAGAUGGAGUCUUUGUGUAAAUAAAUAAUACAUAACUAUAUCAUAUAAUUAUGUUUACAUCAUUUUCUUUGCCAUAUAUAUUAAAAAUAUAUACAUAUAUAUAUAUAUAUAUAUAUAUACACAGUUUUACGUACUUUACGGGUAUAAUCGAUGGAUUAUUUUGGAAAAUAUUAUUGUGAUUUCUUGAGAUGUUAAGCUGAUUUAAAAAUACAUUAAGAUGGCUAGAUGUAAUUAUGAUAACAAAAAAAAAUUAUUUAAUAAACACAAUUUCUAUUUUGUUGAGAAUGUCUUAAAAAUUCUUUAUGUUAGUCCUCAUGAAAAUAGAAAACCUAAUGAUUGUUAACACUAUUAUAUUUUGUGCCUUUGGUGUCAUGGCUGAUUAAAAGUCAUAGAACUAAACUUGAAUUGAUUACUUGCAUGUUAUUUUGGUGUUCAAUGGUUCUAUUGACAAUUAGAAUCACCUAGAUAUUCUCAAGUGUAUGUGUGUAGAUUUAGACUAUGUAAGCUGUGCAAUAUAUCAGGAAUGUUUGAUGGCUGUUGUCAGGACUUUGUAUUUCUCCACUCACUGAAACAUUGACAUAUUAUUGAAGUAUAUAUAUUCUCAUUAUGUUUUUCUCAUUGGACUUCUCAUUGAUACAUAUAUAGUAUUUACCAGUAUAUCACUAAAUGCCAUUAUGCCAUUAAUUAUUUUUAUUGCCUUAAUUAAAAGUUAUACCUGAUAUAAUGGGGGAGGAACGAAUGCCAAAGGAGUCUUUUUUUUGGUGAGCUGAAACAUAACAGAGGUGCCCCAUGGAAACACUUUAAUGAUCAGUUUAAACACCAUCUUGCUUUAACUGACAUAGAAGAAUUCACCUGGUUGCAGGCAGCUUUAGAAUGAGACAGCUGGAGGUCACUUACAAAAGCUGUGGGAUACACAUUUGAGACCAAAAGAAAAUCUGCUGCUGAGGACAAACGAAAAUGGUGAAAAGAAAAUCUAAAUCCACCAGUGGCAAGACAAAAUGGUUACGCCUGCACUGGAUGUAGGUCGCAGCUGGGGCUGCCUAGCCCCAGGAAAUACUGCAUUUCUUAUUCAUUUUCAGACUCAAAGACAAUCCUUAUUACAAUGAUUGAAGAAAUAUGGAUUUUUUCGUCUACAAUUCAUUUUAAUACAGCAAGUGCAAUAAGUGAAAUUUACUUGGCACACAUCUCAUUAUAAAUCUGUUAAAAAAAAAAUUCAAAUCAGCUUGUAUGAUUUUGAUAGGACAACAGUGGGACUAAAAAAGAAUGGCUCUUUCAGAGGCCAUCUGUUGCCAGCUACUUUCCUCUAUGCCAGUGAGGGAAACAUAGUGCCUAAUUUGAGUUUAUAGCACUUCUGGGGGGGGGGGGGGGCACCUCUUCCCUGCACUGUUUUUUUACUACAGAAUGAAACAACAGGUUUUCUAAUGCCAUUUAUGUGAUUUCCCACCAUAUUUUCAGUAUGAACUGAAUUUGAGCUGCUCUGCAUAUUAAUCACUUCAACUUCACUUGAUGGUUAGCUGCUCAGCCACAGUUUUAUAGUUUACUUACAGAAUCAAUUUACGACAGUUCACUUUUGUUGCAACAUGUGUCUAUGAUUCCCAUUUUAUAAAACUACUAAUUGAUCAAUGUCUUCAACAGUUCACUACAGAGUAAUGGAGGUGUUCAAUAAUGGGAUUUUAUUCUUCAGUUUUUAGUUUUAAAAAAUAACAAAUUGAAAGCAUGGGCAUUAGUUAUGGUCGUAACAAUACCGUCCACUCAGCAGUCCCCCCCUCCACGCUGCCGAUGUGUCCAAAGGAACUUUUUGAACAUGUGAAAUCUUCAUAUGAAAUAGGCCCUAUUUCAGAAUUUAAGUGGAUGUAGACCCUGAUAUGACCUACAUGCUAAGUCUCUAAUGCCUGUAAUAUUUGUGUCAAAAUCUUUGUUGACAGAUUUUCUUAACAACAAAAAGUUAUUUUUGAGAUAUAAAAUACAAUUAAAAUGAAUAAAAAUCAUUGUUUAAAUAUGUUGAUGGAUGCAAUACAAUGAAUGUGAUAUUUUUGUUUCGUUCAUUAAAAGACUUUAUAAAUAUGUAAGAAACUUCAUAAAGUUUGUUUUUUUCUCUCUUUUAAUUACAAAAAACUAGCAAUUUUGUAAAAUGUAUAUGAAUAUUGGUUUGAUUGUACAUGUAUCACAUAUUAAUUAAUUAUUUAUCAUUACAGUUUUAUUGUUUUUUUUUCAAUUUUGGCUUGUUUUUAUUUCACUAGCAAUGCAUUUAUGCCAGACUUUUACGCUUUUAGAGAUGGACUCUGCUACAUAAACUGUUUCUAGUCUACAAAAUAGUUAGACAUUUACGAAUCACAGUAUUACUUUCAAAUUCUUUUUUUAUUUUGUUUUGGUAUUUAGACAAGAGGUAUAUCAUGUGCCUUUAACAGCUGUGAGAAAAAACCCACUAUUUGUUUUGAAUGACAAACUAUUAAAACAUGAUGUUUUGUUAUU